CUCUGUCCCUCGGUGAUGACAUCACGGUGUCCCUCCGCCCCCGCAGGUACGACCAGGCAGCCCCGGGACGGGGAGAUCUCGGGCGUGGACUACAACUUCGUCUCCAUCGAGGAGUUUUUCUCUCUGGAGGAGUCUGGAGCUCUGCUGGAGAGCGGCAAGUUCAAAGGGAACUACUACGGGACGCCCCGCCCGGUCCACAUCGGUCCGGAGAGUCCACCAAUCACGUACCAGGAACACCGGAACCUGCUGAGGAACUUCAGGACGAGAAGCAAGUCGCUUAGCAACCUGGAGAAAGCUGUGGAGGAAGGAGACAACAGCGAGGAGGACAGCGGCCUGUCAG